AUGUAGGUACAAUGUGAAAAUGACUUGAAAUGGCUGAUCCGCAUGUUGCUUUCGGUUCAGGCUUCUCUGCCCUUGGGGCAGGGAAGCUUAACCAGAUAGACAACGAGCUGAUGGAGGCCCCAGAAGAUGAAGAUGACUUCGAUGUACUAAAUGAAGAGACGUUUGGGGAUAUUGGAGAUACUGAGUUUGAUUGGGAAAAGCAACAUGAAAGAUUUGCAGAAGAAUUGGAGGCACACUCAUUUAAUGACUCAAAGCAAAAUGGCAAUCGGACCAGGGAUUCAGGCUUUGACACAGCUGAAAAGAGCUACAGACUUCAAGAGGAGAUCAUGGAACAGAGCAUCAACCACCUGGUGUUGGAUGAAGAGGAGGAGCGCCACCUCGUUGACCCAGCCAUUGUCAAUGUGUCUGGAAGUGCUGCCAUACCAUUCUCAUCUCAUAAAGAAACUAAUCUUGACAAGCUGUUUGGACCAUCUUCCCCACCAGCUUUCCUAGACACAGAACACUUGGUAUCCCCCACCAGCAAGAACAUAUGGGGUUCACCGGCCCGUGACUCACCGUUCUCAAAACCUGUGAACAACAACCUGCAGGCUCUGUUUGACUUUGCCAAGGGGGCAGGGACAGGAAGUCCUACCCAGACUUCCAGUAAACCAUCAGUUAUCCAAGCCAAGCCUCGUGUGUCAGGCAUCCUGCCUGCUCCCCAGUCUCCCAUAGUUCCUUCAAGUGCCCAAACACUGGCAGAGAUCGAGAACCAGCUGCUGAAGAAGAAGACUCCCACGGUGAUGACGGCAGAGGAGUUGGAGCGCCAGAUGAGAGGAGAGUCCCCACCGAACCGACAUCCUGUGAAGAGAACAAUUGCCACCCCUGGCAGUGUCUCCACCUUUCCAGAUCACAAGUCCCCUUUCUCCAUGCCAGUACCCAUCCAACCCAUCUGUAGACCACUUGGUCCCAUGAUGCCAAACUUAUCACAGCCACCGCCGGGUUUCAGCCCGGUGCCGGUCUCCCGUUCUCAUGACGGACGCGUGUCACCCCUCCACCAACGAUCAAUGACCCCGCCCCUUGGAGGGCACUCACCAGGCCAGGGCUUUAUGGGCAUGUCAUCGUCCCCACUUGCCCGGUCCAUCUCCCCUACCCCUCCCCAACUUUGUGGUACCCCAAUACAUAGAACUCCGUCCCCUGUGCAAGCCAGGUUCAUGUCACCCUACAACAGCCCUGCUGCCAUCUACAUGGGAAAUGCAAACCGAUCGUUCACGAGCCCCAUCAUAAUACAAAGAGGUCACCGUGUUCCCAUGCCCUUUUGUCCAAUGGGCAGUCCAGGCCAGAGGUUCCCCCAUCAUUCACCAAUGUCAGACCCUCAUGGUAUGAGAGGCCCCCGUCCAGGCAGGGGAGGACCAUAUCAUCCAAACAAUUAUUACCACAAGAAUCCGGGGCACCCCCAUGGCCAGAACAACAACAAUCCCAAUCGCUACUUCAGUGACAAUCGCAGCAGGCAACAUCACGAGGACUUCAUGGAGCAGGACAUGGAUGAGUCCCACGAAGACAGCUACGACGGCCUGAUGACACAGAAGGAAAAGGACUGGAUCAUCAAGAUACAGCUGAUGCAGCUGCAGACUGAUAACCCCUACCUCGACGACUACUACUACACUUAUCAUACACUAAAGAAGAAAGCUAAGGAGAGACAGAAGUUACGUGAGAAUGGGGAGUUCAGUGAUGAUGAUCCAAAGCUUGUCAUACCAAACCUUGCGAAAGUGGAAACAAAAGCUUACACACCAGCUCAGUUCGAAGGUUCAUUAGGCCGUUUAACAACUGCCAGUGUUCACAACCCUCGAACAAUCAUUGAUCUGUCCAAGAAUGUAGCUCAGUCGAAGGAGGAUAACCCUCAAAACGUCAGCAAGGAACUGCGACGAGUGCGCCAAUUGCUCAUGGACAUUGAGAAGGGAUUUCUCCUCCUGCUUGAUAUUGACGACCUGGAGAAAAAACUGCUGGCGCUGCCUGAAGAAAGCAGGAUGCCUCUGGUCUUUGAAAGGAGGGAGAAAGUAGAUCAGUUGUUUGCCUUCCUGUCUGCUGAUGAUAACAUUGAAACAUUUAUUCAAAUCAUGUCUGUAAGGAAAGGGAGAAAACUCCUUUCAAGAGUCUUGCCUUUGCUGGAUCCUGCUCAGCAGUGCAUUAUUGUCUCCCUGAUGCUGUGCAACCUCACACAACUCAUGAGGAAAGAUCAAGCAGAAGAGGGCCAGAUAAUGCUGACAGAUUCUGUUCAUCAAGCUCUCAACAAGAGUUCAUUUGAAAUGCUGGCCACAGUGGGAGAACAGAUCCAUCAGAUGCAAAGCCAGGGAAAAGCAAUAACAGCCAUGUUGCAAAAUAAGUUUGGCUCCACCAUAUUGUGUGCAAUGCUGGUCAGAAUGGAAGAAAUUUACAAGAAUACCUCUCCUGUUGAUAUUGAUAAUCAGCUGCAAACAAACUGGUGUCAUUUUGUGGAACUGUUAGUUGAGUGUCUGUCUGAGAUCUCUGAUGAGAGCAUUGUUGCACCCCUGAACCCGAGUGAGAAGCUACUGGAUCACCUGGAGAGACUCCUCAACAAGAAGCUAGUGGCCAGCGUGGAGGACAAACUACUUGUGAUACUUGGCACAAAGUCUCAAUCCUGACCUGAUCCGAAUCUCUCAGCAGGCCUUGCCUGUCACUCAAGUAUCAUCUGGAUGCAUACAGAAAAGGAUUUUGAUGGAUAAAAGUGCAUUAGGGACUUUGUAAUGACUUUGUCUUUGUAUUUGUAUCAUUGAAUUGGAGAGAAUGUUUUGGGCACAUCCAAUAUUUGACUAGUUACUCGUUGAACCAGCUGAACCUUUUGCACUGGAGUAAAUAUGCAUUUCUUGUUAGAGCCUCCUUGAAUCUUUAAGUGAGAUCAUUUGGGUUGAUUUGUAGCUCUAUUUACUCAUGCACAGAUUGGUACAUGUACAGCCUUUAUGUCAAAUGUUAUUGUAUCAACUUGGCUUUUGGAUAGUGAAAGAUGAUAUCGAUCUGCUGUUUCAUUACUUUUGGUGUCUUGAAUUGUGAUCUGUAUAUUUGAAAAUGUAAUGAAAUGAUGCAUUUUAUACUGACCAUAGUCACAAAAAUGCAAAUGAAAGAAAAUAUUUUUGUUGAGGCUAUUUAAGCUUAAAAGUGCUCAAACUGAAACUGAUUUGUUAAGUUUUGAUUAGAAUUUCUAUUUGUAUCUAAUUUAUUUAGAAAGUAAUGUGUAAUAUUGGUUUGCUACAUGUCAGAAGGGGGAAGGUAAAAGUUUUUUGGGAUGUGCACUUGCUUUCACCAAAGAUGAGGCUUCUGUUUGCUUCAAGGGUACUAUUAUGAAGCCCAUGUGUGUCACACAACAGUCUGUUUGCGGAAGUCAUGUAAAACCCCAUCUGCCUUCUGUACUGGAGGUAUUAAGCUGACCAGUUGGUAACAUUCAGCAGUGUCAGUUUGUAUUGUCUAACUUUGCGUCAGUGUUGGGUAUGAAGCAUCAUGAAUGACUAUAAAAUAUAUUGAAAUCUCAUUGACCCAUGUUUUUGACAGUUGCCUGAACAACGUGAUCAAUAUUUAGUGCUGAAGUAUGGGGAAUGUUGUGAUGAGAUCUUACCUUGUCUUGAAUAGUUACUUCACAUUAAGUUGGGUUUGUUGAUAUCCAGCAUUGUUUUGAAAAACAGUUUCAAUGCCAUUUGAUCUCAUGCUUUCUUAAGACAAUGCUUUGGCUUUCAGACAAAUUAAUGUGUUCUGACAUGGAAAGAUAUUUAAAAUUAACAUCAGACCUGAUUUGUAUUUGUGCAUAUACUAGACUUUGUUAGUUAGAUAUGUACAGUUAGAGGAAGGCAUUUCCUUAGUUGUUCACUGUCUUCAUAUGUUUUGACAGUAUUUUAAUACUAGCACCCAAUUUUCUUCUGAUUCAGCAUAACUGUUACAUUCAAUUAAAACUUGCCUAAAAAUGUGUCAAAACUGUUAUUAAUGUUUCCACUUUUACCACAUGUUCUGUCUCCACCCUUCUGCGUGUAUUUGAUUACUCUGGUGUAUGAUUCUAUGCUUCUCUGUAAUGGCGCAUGAGUGACACUACUUAAUCAGGAUAUGUUUCACAGUUGAAAUACAAAUGGUGAUGCGAGUCCUUUUGUUCCCACCACAUUUCCUUUGGCUGUGCUUUGAAGACAUAAGGCUCUUUGUCAUUUGUACUCUUUUGAAAAACUACAAUAUAGUUUGAUGAAGCCUUUGAAAAACAUCAACAGUAAUUGUGUCUGGUUUACAGGUAAAAUUAUUCAAGGCUCAUUGUACUUCCUAAAAGAUUUGAAUAUUUCAGAAUGAUACAUAAAAUUCAGCUGGUAUUCAGAGUCGGAGCCAGACAAGAUCAAAAUACCUUUUGUUAUAAAUGCAUUAGUUAUUAUAGACAAUGUGCAACAGUGUUAUGUACUACUAAAUGAGACAGUUGACCACAUUUUCUGUUGUGAAUUAUUUAACUUUAUUUGCACACUCUAGUUUCCAUUUGUGGGCAUUUCUGUGCCUGAAAAAUUAUGUUUGUAGUAAAAACAAUGUUCUGUAAAAUGUUGCUAGUCUUUUGAAAAUCUAUCCUAGAAACAUUAGUUAUGUGACAUGCACACUUUCAUUCAAGCUUUUCCUUUAUAUCGCUAAGUGUGAAAUGAAAUCCUGUGAUGUAAAUGUAUUCAGAUAUUAACAUGUCCUGAAUGUACUGCAUUUAAAUGUAAACCAUUGUAAAUUUGACAUUGAAAACUAUUUUAACAUUAUUUCUUAAACACUUAACCAGCAAGCCAUACAUUCAUUUUCUAAAUGGAAACCUUUAAUCCCACAUUUAUUUUGUACAUUUAUAAUGUACAUACCAAAAGAACAAAUUAGUUCUAUAGAUUUGCUUUGGUGCUCAAAAUGAUGACGUUUUCUGUGGGGCGACAUUGGUUAUGCCCAGGCGUCUGUCAAACAUCAAUGAACACAGUUACCCAGUUUCUGCAUUAAUAAUGUUUUUGGAUAAUUAAAUGAAAUUCUUUUGUUGUGUCUUAUAAUCACUUACAUAUGUUCUUUGACCUUGAAAUUAUUAACCUAACCACUUUGUAUUCAUCCUUAAGAAGAAUGUGUAUUUUGUUUUGUAUUUAAGUUACAGCAAAGUGGUGUAAGUAUGAAACAGUUUGUCAUGUGUAACCUACGCUUCUGCACACUAAAACUUGGAACUGGUUUCAUUGUUUGUUGGCUUAUGUUUUGCCUUAACUCAUUAUUCAUGUGUGUCAGGACAUUACAACCACAUGGAAUGAUGCUGAAUAAUGGGUUAAAACACAGAUUACAAUGGAAUACAAAUGUACAUGGCUUGUAAUCAUUUAAUUAAAUUGUAUUGUGUGC